CUUUUCCAGAAAACCCUAAAAAAGCUUACCAGUUACCAUCCUCUCCCUUCCUUGUUCAUUCGUUUCUCUCAUAUCCUCAGUUGCCAGUGCCGUUCGCAUCACAUUUCUUCUUCUCACGCCUCCUACAAAUGCCGAAGCAAAUCCAUGAGAUAAAGGACUUCCUUCUGACUGCAAGAAGGAAGGAUGCGCGGUCAGUUAAAAUCAAGAGGAGCAAGGAUGUAGUGAAGUUCAAGGUUCGGUGCUCAAAGUACCUUUACACGCUCUGCGUCUUUGACUCUGAGAAGGCUGAUAAAUUGAAGCAGUCUCUUCCACCAGGUUUGAGUGUGCAAGAUCUUUGAACAAAGUAGUGUGUGUGGUUUUGGGUGAUCUUUCUUUGCACAAAAUCAAUCAGGAGGCUGAAGAGAAAAACGUUUGGCAAUAGAACUUUCUUAUUUAUUUUCAACCAUUGAAUGAAUGUCUUGUUUAGGAUUUUUAUAGGGACUGCUGGUGUUCUCGGCAUUAAUAGGACUUACAGUACCUUUUCAAAAUGUUCAACCGUCUGAGAUCGGUACGUCGUUGAUUCCAUUCCUUUGCUUCAAUUAUCAUUAGCCCUCUUUUUUUUUGCCCCUUCUGUUCAAACAAAAACGUUAUGAAGGUAUUCCUUCUCUGUUUGUUUGUUAGAUAACCAAACAUCAUUUUCUGUUCA